GCGGAUAUAGUGAAUGCAGGGUCCGGGGAGAGCGGAUAUAGUGAAUGCAGGGUCCGGGGAGAGCGGAUAUAGUGAAUGCAGGGGUCCGGUGAGAGCGGAUAUAGUGAAUGCGGGGUCCGGGGAGAGCGGAUAUAGUGAAUGCAGGGUCCGGGGAGAGCGGAUAUAGUGAAUGCAGGGUCCGGGGAGAGCGGAUAUAGUAAAUGCGGGGUCCGGGGAGAGCGGAUAUAGUGAAUGCAGGGUCCGGGGAGAGCGGAUAUAGUGAAUGCAGGGUCCGGGGAGAGCGGAUAUAGUGAAUGCAGGGUCCGGGGAGAGCGGAUAUAGUGAAUGCAGGGUUCGGGGAGA